UUGGGAAAAGGAGGAGGAGAAAUAAAAACGCAGGACUGUUUUUGCAUUACUGGAGGAAAGGAACUAGCUCAGAAGUCAGCCUGACACCCACAGAGAUUAAAACGUCUCUUCCUUCCUCUUUGUUUCCACAUCCCAGUCUUCAAUAAAUUCUAUCUGACAACAGCAGCAGAGGGACCCACUAUCUUGUGGUUUCUGUCAAGUUCCUGAUUUUCAUCCAUAGUUGAAGAUGAGCAAGAACUCUGUAACAGUGUUACCUUGGAGCCUACAUUGAGAGGUAUUUCAAAAUGAGUGAAGCGUGACUCUAACAGAUGAAGGCCUAGACGCAGGAUCUUUAAUGAAAAAACACUUUGGCCACUUCAAGACGACAAACGCUCACUGGGCAAAACAUCUUCACUGAAAAGAGACCUCAUAUUAUGCAAAAAAAAUCUUAAAAGGCCUCUGCCUUCGGAAGUUACAAGAUGAUCAAUUCGACCUCCACACAGCCUCCAGAUGAAUCCUGCUCUCAGAACCUCCUGAUCACUCAGCAGAUCAUUCCUGUGCUGUACUGUGUGGUCUUCAUUGCGGGAAUCCUGCUCAAUGGAGUGUCAGGAUGGAUAUUCUUUUACGUGCCCAGCUCCAAGAGUUUCAUCAUCUAUCUCAAGAACAUUGUUAUUGCUGACUUUGUGAUGAGCCUGACUUUUCCUUUCAAGAUCCUUGGUGACUCAGGCCUUGGUCCCUGGCAGCUGAACGUGUUUGUGUGCAGGGUCUCUGCUGUGCUCUUCUACGUCAACAUGUAUGUCAGCAUUGUGUUCUUUGGGCUCAUCAGCUUUGAUAGAUAUUAUAAAAUUGUAAAGCCUCUUUGGACUUCUUUCAUCCAGUCAGUGAGUUACAGCAAACUCCUGUCAGUUAUAGUAUGGAUGCUCAUGCUCCUCCUUGCCGUUCCAAAUAUUAUUCUGACCAACCAGAGCGUUAGGGAGGUUACACACAUAAAAUGUAUAGAACUGAAAAGUGAACUGGGACGGAAGUGGCACAAAGCAUCAAACUACAUCUUCGUGGGCAUCUUCUGGAUUGUGUUUCUUUUGUUAAUCGUUUUCUACACUGCUAUCACAAAGAAAAUCUUUAAGUCCCACCUUAAGUCAAGUCGGAAUUCCACUUCAGUCAAAAAGAAAUCUAGCCGCAACAUAUUCAGCAUCAUGUUCGUAUUUUUUGUCUGUUUUGUACCUUACCAUAUUGCCAGAAUCCCCUACACAAAGAGUCAGACCGAAGCUCAUUACAGCUGCCAGUCAAAAGAAAUCUUGCUGUAUAUGAAAGAAUUCACUCUGCUACUAUCUGCUGCAAAUGUAUGCCUGGACCCUAUUAUUUAUUUCUUUCUAUGCCAGCCAUUUAGGGAAAUCUUAUGUAAGAAAUUGCACAACCCAUUAAAAGCUCAGAAUGACCUAGACAUUUCCAGAAUCAAAAGAGGAAAUACAACACUUGAAAGCACAGAAACUUUGUGAGUUCCUACCCUCUUCCAAAGAAAGACCACGUGUGCAUGUUGUCAUCUUCAAUUACAUAAGAGAAAUCAAUAAGAUAUGCGUCUUCAUCAUAAAUAUCAUCUCUAGCACUGCCAUCCAAUUUAGUUCAAUAAAAUUCAAAUGUAAGUUUCCAUGCUUUUUUGUAACAUCAAAGAAAACAUACCCAUCAGUAAUUUCUCUAAUAUUGACCUUUUAUUCUCUAUUAACAAAAAAUUAAUACAUACAAUUAUCCAAUUCUAUUAUAUUAAAAUAAGUUAAAGUUUAUAACCACUAGUCUGGUCAGUUAAUGUAGAAAUUUAAAUAGUAAAUAAAACAUGACAUAAUCAAAGACAACUCACUCAGCCAUCUUCUUUCUCUAAACACCAGAAUCUAGUAUGUAAUUGCUUUCAACACUGUCCUUAAAGACUAACUUGAAAGCAGGCACAGUUUGAUAAAGGGCUAGAGAGCUGUUUGCAAUAAAAAGUCAAGUUUUUUUUCCUGAUUUGAAGAAGCAGGAUAAGCAGACACCCAGACAAUCACUUAAGAAACCCCUUAUUGAUUUAUUUCUUGGCACUCCAAAGGAAAAUUAAUUGUAUACUUAGCAAGAAAUUUUUUUUUUUCUGAUAGCACUUUGAGGAUAUCAGAUACAUGCUAAAUAUGUUUUCUACAAAGACGUCAUUUAACGAGCCUGGGGUUCUGGUGUUAGAAUAUUUUUAAGUAGGCUUUACUGAGAGAAACUAAAUAUUGGCAUAUGUUAUUAGCAACUUCCCCUGUUCAAUAGUACGGGAAAAAUAAGAUGACUGGGAAAAAGACACACCCACACCGUAGAACAUAUUCUAUUGGCAAAUGGGAAAGGAGACCAUUUUCUUAGAAAGCAAAUAAACUUGAUUUUUUAAAAUCUAAAAUUUACAUUAAUGAGUGCAAAAUAACACAUAAAAUGAAAAUUCACACAUCACAUUUUUCUGGAAAACAGACGGAUUUUACAUCUGGAGACAUGGCAUACGGUUACUGGCUUAUGAGCUACCAAAACUAAAUUCUUUCUCUGCUAUUAACUGGCUAGAAGACACUCAUCUAUUUUUCAAAUGUUCUUUCAAAACAUUUUUGUAACUAAUGUUUAUAUCUAUUUCAUGCUUUACUGUCUACAUACUAAUAAAGAAAUGUUUCAAUACUG